AUGACAUUUGUUGAGAAGGAGUAUAGUAAGAGUGAUACAGAAGAACUGUUAGAGAAAUGGAAAAAAUUAAAAGAAACAGGCGCGACGGAACGGAACAAUGUCGCGUACGCUCAAAUCUGUGAUGAAUUAAGGAACGUGCAAAAAAACAUUCAAGCUAAAAAAAAGGCAAAAGCCUUAUUAAAAGAAUAUGCAAGUUCUAUCGACGAGGAAGUGGAAAAGAAAAUUUUGAAGGAGAUGGUGAAAUCAUAUCGUCAGUUGUCAUUGAAUUUGCCUGUGUCGGGCAAUGAAGUGUUCAGAGUAUUAUUAGACGAAGAAAGAAAAACGAAACAAGAAGACCGGAAUGAUUUGGAAGUGUCGGAGGUGCAGACGAAUCUGUCGCCAAUGUCCAAAAACGAUUUCAGUUUUGUGGAACCGGAAUACCUACAGCCAUUAUCCUAUCGACACAGAGUCCAGGCACACAAUCAGAAAUUACAGGACAUGGCUAUUCAUGUUCGUUUAACGAAACGAAUACAUGAAUUAGAAGGCAUGUCUGCGGCAACUGAAGAUAUACCUAGUUUACAUUACUUUGACGGAGACCAAAAGCCUCAGCACGUACACUCUACAAAAAGGAAUGCUUUGAUGGAACUAAAAAUGCUGCGGCUCGCAAAGCGACAAGAGGAUUUACAUGCACAAAUCCGACAUUGUAAACCAUAUAUGCGCGUUCUUUUGAAUACAGCUGAUCGCGUCGCUUGCAAGCUUCCUAAACCUGCUCCCCAAGCUACACGCCUUACCGAGGCCUUGGAACGGCAACAACGUAGUGACCGGGAACGCCGACAGAAACAACGCCAAUACGAUUAUCUGCAAAAUAUUUGUUCUCGUGGGCGGGAACUCGCCGUUCGCACCAAAAAUGCUCAGGCUAGGGCCCAGAAAUCGAAUCGCGCUGUUUUGGCAUAUCAUUCACAUAUUGAAAAAGAAGAACAAAGGCGUGCUGAACGCAACGCAAAAGAGAGAUUACAGGCUUUACGAGAAGAUGAUGAGGAAGCUUACUUAAAAUUAAUUGACCAGGCUAAGGAUACCAGAAUUACUCAUCUUCUUCGGCAAACCGAUACCUAUUUGGAUUCUUUGGCAUCCGCUGUCAAGGACCAGCAGUCUCAAUCGGGUGGCGCUGCUUAUGAUGAUUCUCUCGCCGGCGAAAGCGAGAAGAAGGUUGAUUAUUAUAACGUUGCUCACAACAUUCAAGAGGUUAUUUUUGAACAACCAUCUAUUUUAGUCGGUGGUAAACUGAAAGAGUACCAAGUUCGCGGUCUUCAGUGGAUGAUAUCCUUGUACAAUAACCAUUUGAACGGUAUUUUGGCUGAUGAAAUGGGUCUGGGUAAAACCAUUCAAACUAUCUCUUUAGUCACUCAUUUAAUUGAGAAGAAGCGUCAGAAUGGCCCUUUCCUGAUCAUCGUUCCUUUAUCUACACUAACGAAUUGGGCUAUGGAAUUUGAGAGGUGGGCUCCGUCAAUCUCAAAAAUCGUCUACAAGGGUCCACCUUUGGUUCGUAAGGCUUUACAGCCACAAGUCCGUCACGGGAAUUUCCAAGUUUUAUUAACUACUUUUGAAUAUAUCAUUAAAGAUAGACCCGUUCUUAGUCGUAUAAAAUGGAUUUACAUGAUUAUGGACGAAGGUCAUCGAUUGAAAAAUACCCAGUCAAAAUUGACUAACACAUUAAUGACCUACUAUUCUUCUCGAUAUCGCCUGAUUUUGACGGGAACACCACUUCAAAAUAAUCUGCCUGAGCUGUGGGCGUUGCUUAAUUUUGUGCUUCCCAAAAUUUUCAAGUCUGUCAAGAGUUUUGAUGAGUGGUUUAAUACUCCGUUCGCUAAUACUGGGAAUCAAGAUAAAAUAGAGCUAACCGAAGAAGAGUCUUUACUGGUGAUUAGACGUUUACACAAAGUGUUGCGUCCAUUUUUGCUUCGUCGCUUGAAAAAGGACGUUGAAUCCGAGCUUCCAGAUAAAGUUGAGAAGGUAAUCCGCUGUCAGAUGUCUGGAUUACAGCAGAAAUUGUAUCACCAAAUGAAGAAGCAUGGUAUUCUGUUUGUUGAGGAUGAGAAUAAAGGUAGAGCAGGUAUUAAGGGUCUUCAAAACACUGUGAUGCAGUUAAAGAAAAUUUGCAAUCAUCCUUACGUUUUUGAAGAUGUUGAACGGUCGAUUGAUCCCACUGGCCUAAACUAUGAUAUGUUAUGGAGGGUCUCUGGUAAAUUCGAGUUAUUAGAUAGAGUCCUUCCUAAACUGUUCCGUGCGGGCCACCGAGUCCUUAUGUUUUUCCAAAUGACACAAAUUAUGAACAUCAUGGAAGAUUACUUACAGUACCGGCAUUUCCGUUACUUACGUUUGGAUGGUUCGACAAAAGCUGAUGAUCGAUCUAAGCUACUCGGUGUGUUCAACGAUCCUACGGCAGAAAUCCAAAUUUUUUUACUGAGUACUCGAGCAGGUGGUUUAGGAUUGAAUCUUCAGAGUGCUGAUACAGUCGUCAUUUUUGAUUCAGACUGGAAUCCUCACCAAGAUUUACAAGCACAAGAUCGUGCUCACCGCAUUGGUCAAACGAAGGAAGUUAGAAUUUACAGGCUUAUCACAGAAAAAUCUGUGGAAGAGAACAUUCUUUCUCGGGCCCAAUACAAAUUAGACAUUGACGGAAAGGUUAUUCAAGCUGGUAAAUUUGACAACAAAUCUACGCCAGAGGAAAGAGACGCAUUUUUGCGAUCUCUAUUGGAAAAUGAAAAUGGUGAGGAACAUAAUGAUGAGAAGGGAGAACUGGACGACGAUGAACUAAAUGAAGUGCUUGCGCGUAGUGAUCAAGAGCUGGACUUGUAUAGAAAGAUGACAGAGGAGGAUGAUGAAAUUAGUCCUUAUAGUAAAAGCAAGGGCAGAGAGCGACUUAUCCAGGUGGAGGAACUUCCGGAAUUUUAUCAACAAGAACAGCCGGCCAAAGUUGAAGAGGAGCCACAAAUUCUCGAAGAUUUGGGACGUGGUGCUCGACGUCGUGUUCCUGUGGUGUACGACGAAACUGCUAGAGAUGCUCAGUGGCUUACCGAGAUGGAAAUGGAGCCAGAAGUUAAGCCAGGUCGGGGCAGGCCCAAGCGGAGCUCAAGUGCAGUUGACGAACCUGUUCAGCUUGGAUUAAACGGGAAGCCAAAGCGCAAGCGAGGCCCUGCACCUGAUACAUUGACUUCUGAGCAUAGAUCUCUUCUUCGUCGUGUUUGUCUUGAAAUUUAUAAUACCGUUUAUGAGUUGAAAGAUGAACAUGACAGACUUGUAAAUGGCAUGUUUUUAGAAGUUCCUAGUAAGAAGCUCUAUCCGGACUAUUACUCAAUUAUUAAAGCACCUAUCGCUCUUGAUAUCAUACGAAAGCAUAUUAACGGAACUUAUUAUAAAUCGUUAGAUGCAAUGAUUUCUGACUUUAUGACUAUGUUUAAUAAUGCUCGUACAUAUAAUGAGGAAGGUUCUUUCGUGUAUGAAGAUGCCAAUUAUAUGCAAGCUGCUAUGGAGCAGAAGAUUCAGGAAUUUGAGGAGAACGGCACGCUUGCAACUUUACGUGGAAUGGAUUUAGAGGCAAUUUCACAGCAAGAAGACCGAAUAGAAAAUGAAGCAUAG